UGGUGUCAAGAUGGCGGCCGCCGCUGACGUGCCGGUCCGCGUUUGCAACCAGGAGAUUGUAAAAUUUGACCUCGAGAUUAAAGCGGCAGUGCAGGAUAUCCGGGACUGCAUGGGCCCUGUAAGUACACUUACAGAACUGAAUGCAAAAGUAAAGGAAAAAUUCCAGCAGGUGCGGCUUAGAAUACAGGAGCUUGAACAGAUGGCUAAGGAACAAGAUAGAGAAUCAGAAAAGCAAACUUUGCUUCUAGAAGUAGAGAACCAUAAAAAGCAAAUGCUCAGCAAUCAGGCAGCAUGGAGGAAGGCAAAUCUGGCUUGCAAAAUUGCCAUUGACAAUGCUGAGAAAGAUGAAUUAUUGCGAGGAGGAGACCCUCUAAGACAAAGAAAAACUACUAAGGAGAGCUUGGCCGAGGGGGCCAGUAACAUCACUGAGAACUUGAUGGGUAUUAGCAGGAUGAUGUCUCAGCAAGUCCAGCAAAGUGAGGAGGCUAUGCAGACCCUAGUCAAUUCUUCACGAACCAUCCUGGAUGCAAACGAGGAAUUUAAAUCCAUGUCCGGAACAAUACAGCUGGGACGGAAACUCAUUACAAAAUACAACCGCAGGGAACUGACAGAUAAACUGCUCAUCUUCCUCGCUCUGGCUUUGUUUUUGGCCACAGUGCUUUACAUCCUGAAGAAGAGACUGUUUCCCUUUUUGUGAAAUUCCCAUGGGAGGGAGGAAG